AUGAGGCUUCUAAUGUCUUUUUCGGAUCAAGAUGAAGGUGAAAUGAAGAUAUUUGCUAAUUGGAUACUUGAUGUUGGAAAUGGAAAUAUUGGCUCUGUUGUUGGUGAUGAAUCAGAAGUUGAAAUUCCAGAUGAUCUAUUGAUUACAACUACUGAUGAUCCUCUCUCUCAUUUGGUAGACUUUGCAUAUCCAAAUUUGUUGCAAAACAUGUCAGAUUACAGCAACGUAAUUGGAGCGACGGUAGUGACCGGUAGAAAUAUUGGAGAUAAAGUGUACAUUCUAAAAAUGAACUUGAUCCCUUCAGAUUCAGGAUUGCCAUUUAAGUUCCAACGGAGACAAUUUUCAUUAACAGUAUGCUUUGCAAUGACCAUUAACAUGAGUCAGGGUCAAUCAUUAUCACAUGUACGACUUUAUUUGCCAAAAUCAGUGUUAACACAUGGACAACUUUAUGUUGCUUUGUCAAGAGUUAAGAGUCGCAGUGGCCUCAGCGUUUUAAUUCUAAACGAAGACGGCAAUCCAAAGUCAUCAACAACAAAUAUCGUGUUCAAAAAGGUUUUUAAUAAUAUUUAG